AUGAGCAGGCUGCCGUCGCAGCCAUCGCAGCCGUCGCAAAAUGCUACCCCCCGUUUUCCCCCCUUCCUUCUGCUUUUCCCCACCCCCUUCUCCCCCCCCACCCCUCCUUCCCCUUCCUUCCCCCUCUCCUCCCCAUCUUUUUCCCUUCUCCUCUCCCUCUCUCCCUCCUCCCCUCGGCCUUCUCCCCCGAACUUCGCUCACAGCGGACGCCAUGGCAACGAUAGCGACCACGUGGCCCACCGCCACCGCUUCAUGGGUGUCCGGGGAGAUCUGUGGCACGUGGCUGACACGCUCUCCUGCCCCCUCUUCCCCGCCUUCCCCGUCUCACCCUCUCCCCCUUACUACAGCGGACGCAAUGGGAACGAUAGCGACCACGUGGCCCACCGCCUCCCAUCGUGGGCCUUCUCCCAUUCCCCGUUUCUCCUUUCUCCCUUCCGCCCAACUUCUCCCGCAGCGGACGCAAUGGCAACGAUAGCUACCAGGUGGCCGACCCCCACAGCCUCAUGGGUCGCUGGGGAAGUCUGUGACACGUGGCUGACACGCUCUCCUCACCCUCUCCCCCUUACUGCAGCGGACGCCAUGGCAACGAUAGCUACCAGGUGGCCGACUGCCACCACAUCGUGGGUCGCUGGGGAGGUCUGUGACACGUGGCUGGGAGUGGUGUGCGACGACAGCGGCUAUGUGACGCAGAUGAUUAACGUCUCAAGCACGGACUGUCUCGAGCGUGGCUCUCACCUCCUUUCCUCAUUCGCGUUCUCCACUCGCUUCAUUCAUACCAUGCCAGUUUCCUUGUCCCCCUCUCUCACCCCCUCUCCUCCCCUCCUUCCACCCCCCUCCCUCUCCUCCGUCCUCCACCUCUCCCUCUCUUCUCCCCCCCCCCCCAACCCCCAUCCCCCCUCUCCCCCCCCCCCAUCCCCCCCCCUUUCCCCCCUUACUCCCCCCUCUUCCCCGACUCAUACCCCCUGCAGUGAUCUCAGCGAUAACGAUUUGGAAGGAACAAUCCCCACGGAUGCCAUUGCUUCGCUGCUUACGCUGCAAGAACUCAAGCUACACGACAAUUCAAUCGAGGAUGAUUUCCCAGCCAAGUUCAACACUCUGACUGCUUUACAGAUACUGACUCUGGGUCGCAACGACAUCACAGGAUCUAUCCCUACCGGCUUCUCACUGCUGCAGAAGCUUCGAUUCCUGCUCCUCAGUGACAACCGCAUAUCGGGCCAAGUGCCGUCGGAACUCGGUGCUCUCACCGACCUUGAAGCCCUCGAUCUGAGCAAGAACCGUCUGUCUGGCAGCAUACCCAAAGAGGUCAUUGCUCUCCCCAACCUCAUGUACUUUGACAUAUCCAAUAACGAGUUCUCAGGCCCUGCACCCACGGGAUUCGCCAGCACCUCCUUUCAGUCCACCUCCGAGGCCACAUACAACAUCGAGAGAAACUAUUUCAACGGCUCGGCCAAAGGCCAGAUCACGGCGGACAACGGAAACAUUUCAUUCUGCCCGAAUCAGCUCCGAGGGGCCUCUCGUGAAUUUCAACAAGUGAUUUCGCUACGUGCGCCUGGGGCACAACGGAACGGCCACAAAGCUCUCCUCUUCCCCUAUCUCCCUUUCCUCUCUCCAUGUCCCCACCCCUCUCCCCAGCCUCUCGUGAAUUUCAACAAGUACUUCCGCUACGUGAGCCUGGGCUACAACGGCACAGCCACCAAGCCCUCAUGGACGUACAAGACUGCAGUGGACUGGCGCACUCAGGUCGUCAGCAAGCAGAAUAGAACCGUCGUGGGACCUACAGUCGACCAGGGCACGUGUGCUGCGUGUUGGGCUCUAGUCCCGGUAGCGGCAAUCGAGUCAGCGUAUGCCAUCGCGUUCGGGUCGAACCAGCCCAACAUAUCGGGGCAGCACAUUCUCAACUGCCAGGGCACCUGGGAGUGCUUGGGCGGCCUCCCCUCUGACGCGUUCCAGUUCGCUGCCUCGGGGGGAGUGCUGCCGGAGUUUAUCGUGCCGUACACGGGCACCAAAGAUGCAUCCAGCUGUCCGCCCCCCCUGAGGAGGAGAUUGGAAGCAUCCUUCCCUCCAGACCUCUGGUUUGAUCGAGCACUAGAGGACCACCUUCAUGCCUCGAUACAAGACUCCUCGCUACAACAAUCACAGCACCAACAGCACCAGCAUCUGCAACAACACUCCCACAUAGCUCCUGCUCCUCCCUCUCCCCCUGCUGCUCUUCCUUCCUCCCGUCGCCCUCCUCCUCCCCCUCCUCCUCCCCCUUCACCUGCGUCCAUUGCUCCCAACCGGCUCCCAGCAAAACCAAGCAGACGAAUUUCCCAGCCAGCAUUUGAACCGUCACUGCUCCACCCUCCUUCACUACCUCCUCUUCCUCCAUCCUCCCUCUUCUCCUCCCGCUUCACCUCCCUCCUCUCCUCCUUCUUCCAGUUUCCUCGCCCCCGCAUCCUCCAAUCAUCACCAUUUUCCUCCUCCUCUUCCUCACCCUCUUCCCCACUUCCCACCUCAUCCUCCUCCUCGUCCUCCUCCUCUCGCUCCUUCUUUUCCUCCUCUCGCUCAUCGUCUAUAGGCCUACUCAAGAAGCCGGCUAAGAAAAAGCCCCCCCCUGCCCCCUCUGCCCAGCCGGUCCCCGGGCCGUACAAGAUCGCCAUGUUUGAACAAGUGGCGGUGUCUGGUUGGCUGGGCAUGGUGAUAGCGCUGCAGGCACAGCCAAUCAUCGCGAACAUAGAGGCGGACCAGACGUCUUUCAUUGAAUACGCGGGGGGCUACACCUAUGCAGAUCCGGAUUGCUUUAUCAACGGGGUGGUGAAUCACAUAGUGCUGCUCGUGGGCUACAGCAUGGCAGGUGCCACUCCCUACUUCCUCCUGCAAAACACCUGGGGAGCCACCUGGGGCGUGGGCGGCUUCAUGCAGAUGGCCAUUGCAUCAGGUGAUGGCAUCUGCGGUAUCAACACCUCUCCUGCCCUCUACCCCGUGGUCCGAGGCCCCAACCCGUGUGUGCCGAACCCCUGUGGGGGCGGCACGUGCAGUGCAACCAGGAACCCUGGAGGAUACACGUGCAAGUGCAAGACGAAUUUCGUUGUUGGGAGGAACAUCGACAACUCGCCUGCUUGCAUCCCGCUAAAGCCCUGCUCUCUGAACGCAGUGAACCCCUGUCAGGUGGGCACGUGUCUGGACGAUGGCAAGGGGGGCUACAACUGCAUCUGCCCGCCAGGCUUUUUCUUUGAUACCCGGCCCGACAACACGCCCUCCUGCAUCCUUGGCCCCACUCCCGGUGAAAUUCAUGUGGUUACAGGGCUCACAUGCGACAUUGUCAUGUCUACCUACGGCAUCAACCUCACCAGCUUCACCCAGCUCAACCCGAAUCUGAACUGCAACAAGCUGCGGCCAGACGAUGAAAUUCACAUCGGCGACACCAACCCGUGUGCCACGGCCUAUACAGUCACAUCAUCUAGCGACACGUGUGCGUCCAUAGCAGCAGCGUUCAAUGUCACCACGGAUCAGCUGAAGGAGAGGAACCACGAGCUCAAAUGCAACAAGGCGCUGCAGAUUGGACAGCAGAUCUGUGUGGUGAGGGGCACUGCUGACCUGCCAGUGUGCCAGGAGUAUGUGACUGUAGCGGAGGGAGACACAUGUGACAGUAUAAUGAGGUCUGCACGGCCGCCCCUGACCAGCCAGGAGUUCUAUGCGUUGAAUCCGGGCAUCAACUGCAAUGUGGGGGACCAGAGUCUGUUGGGCCAACAGAUCUGUACUCGUGGUGGCCAUGCCUUCUUGCUGCUGUCGUUUCGUUUCUUCCGUACGAGCAUCGUUCGGACGGACGCAUUGCUUGUUCGUGCACAAGUCUGCCUGCAUAUUCCACUGCAUACCUUAAAAAUGGCUGCAAUGCUGACUUCCAGCCUCUGCAGCAGCAAUCCAGCUGCGAGGCUUUUCCCGAGCUUGAAGCCCGCGUUAUCCGCAAAUGCCGUUCAAGCACUCACCUCUCGUUACAGUCACUCACCGCUCCAGCUGUCAAGCUGCACGAAUCGCAGCCGGCGGCUGAUUGUCGUGGAAGCGUCGUCUGCCAAUCCGUCCCAGAUUUCGUUUGCAACAGCGGUGGAGAGCCAACCUACCCUCUUCCAGGCGAUCGACUUCAAGAAGCUUCAAAACGGAAGUGACAUACGGGGAGUGGCUAUUCCGGGGGUGGAGGGCGAGCCCGUGACACUAACGGAGCCGGCAGCAGAGGCCAUUGGCGCGGCCUUCGCUCGGUUGUUGAGGGGGAAGAAGGAGCAGGCUGAUGGACAGCUGAGCGUGUCAAUCGGGCAUGACUCGCGAGUGUCCGCUGAUGUCAUCACGGCAGCAGUGGCGCGCGGGCUAGCAGGAGAGGGCGUGAAGGUGGUUCGGUUCGGCCUGGCGUCCACACCAGCCAUGUUCAGCAGCACGGUCACGGAGGAUGCUAGUCUGCACUGCCCCAACGACGGAGGCAUCAUGAUCACAGCCAGCCACCUCCCCUUCAACCGCAACGGGCUUAAGUUCUUCACAGCGAAGGGCGGCGCAAACAAGGCGGAUAUCGCGGCCAUCCUGGCGUCUGCCGCCCAGAUCUACGAGUCCAUGUCAGCAGAAUCCGUGCGGGCCAAUCAGGAGAAGGCGGAGAAGCAGACGGUGCACGUGGACUAUAUGAAGAGAUAUGCUGCCGACCUGGUCGACGCUGUCAGAAAGGCUGCCAAUGCUGGAGAUCGUCCGUUGGAGGGUUACCACAUCGUGGUUGAUGCUGGUAAUGGCGCAGGAGGCUUCUUCGCUGCCGGGGUGCUGGAGCCUCUGGGAGCCAACACUGCUGGCAGUCAAUUCCUUGAACCUGAUGGCCUGUUUCCGAACCACAUUCCGAACCCAGAGGACAAGGCAGCCAUGGAGGCGAUCACAGGCGCGGUGCUGAGGGAGAAGGCGGACCUUGGGAUCAUCUUUGACACUGACGUGGACAGGGCUGCAGCCGUUGAUUCGUCCGGCAAGGAGAUCAACCGCAACCGUCUGAUCGCCCUCAUUGCAGCGAUCGUGCUCGAGGAGCACCCAGGCACCACUAUAGUCACGGACAGUGUGACAUCUGAUGGGCUGACCACAUUCAUUGAAUCUAAGCUCGGGGGCAAGCACCUGCGGUUCAAGCGGGGAUACAAGAACGUGAUUGAUGAGGGCAUCAGACUGAACUCGGUGGGAGAGGAGUGUCACCUCGCCAUGGAGACCAGCGGCCAUGGGGCUCUCAAGGAGAACAGAUGGCUGGAUGAUGGAGCUUACCUCAUGGUGAAGCUGCUUGUAAAGCUCGCAUCGGCAGCAGGCAAGGGAGAGGCGAAGGGCAGUGUGGUGCUGACUCGCAUGAUAGAGGACCUGCAGGAGGCUGACGAGGCUACAGAAGUUAGGCUGCGAAUCAACCAGGACCAUGCUGACGUGGCACCCAUAGGGUUCCGUCCGUAUGGAGAGAAGGUGCUAGAGGCGCUCACAGCCACGGUGGAGAGCGAUGCUGCGCUCUCCAAGGCGCCCGUCAACUACGAGGGGGUGCGGGUGUCUGGGUUUGGUGGAUGGUUCCUGCUGCGCCUGUCUCUCCACGACCCCGUCUUGCCACUCAAUAUUGAGGGUCCUUCCAAGGCGGCCACCAGGAGGCUGGCAGAAGCUGUUGUGUAUGUGACGUCACAGUUCCCCGCUCUGGACACAUCUGCUCUUCACAAGUACAUCGACUCUUGCAACCACAAUUGA